AUGACCCCAACCCCUGCAGCUACUAGUCUUUCCUUGACAGUGAUUCGUGCCUCCCAAAUAAAAUGGGUUUCUUCUCUCGUUCACAGCGAACGUCCAAAUCUAUACGUUCAUAUCAAAUUCAAUAACGUUAAGACACGAACACGGGCUGUCAAGCUGGACCUGUGCCCUCAAUGGGACGAAACAUUUUCAUUCGAUCAACCGCCCGCAGGCGGAGGGACGAAAUUUAGCAUCCAAGUCAUGCAUAGUUCAUCGUGGAAGGACAAAUGCGUGGGAAAGAUUGAAGUUGGGCUUGAUGACUUAUUACAGAGGUGUGCUGAUGGCAAAGAUUGUCGAUACGAUGUCAGGGGCUGGUCACAACGUCAAUGCUGCAAGACAAGCGGUUCAACAGAGUGGAAUCUCGUCUUCGGCAGCUACCACAGAUACACCCGUCUCUACAACAACAAUUGA